AUGGAGGUCCUACGCAACGCUCCCGAAGCUUCCGCUUUCGUGCCGCUCGCCGAACAUCAAUCGCGCACGCCAAGCUCCUUCUACGAAGGGCCACCAGUACUUCACUACCACAGCGAGCGAUGCAAGAUUGUCAUCCUCGAGCGCGAGCUGGCUGCCACCCCAGCACUGAGCGCUCUGAGCGGCCAGAGUGCUGCCGCAUCCAGCGAACAAGAUGACGAGAAAGAAGUCGCCAUUGAGGGCAUCGAGACCUGGGUGACAUCAGACAAACUCAUCCUUUUCUCACCCACCGCUUCAGCAGGUGUCUCAAUUCCCUACCCCUCUAUCUCCCUGCACGCCCUCCAACGCCUACGCGUACCCGGCACCGAUUCCCCAGAAGUCCAAGGCCUGUACAUGCAAAUCGCAACACCCAACGCACCCUCCGCAGAUGACGUGGAAGAAUGCAUUACAAUGACAAUUGUCCUGCCGGCCGAUGCACCAACACAAGAGGCGAGUGAUGGAUCCGGUGAGACUGAGACGCCCACCCAGAUCUUCUACAACUCCGUCUCUGCCUGCUCGAAUCUGCACCCUGAUCCUGUUGAGCCUGGUGACGAGGAAGAUGAUGACGAGGGCAAUAAGUGGUUCUCGGCGGAGGAUGCGGAUGGUGUUGUUCAGCUUGGGGGUGGGAAUUUGCCGCCUCCUGUUGAUGGGAGCUCUGGGUGGAUCACUGCUGAAAAUAUGGGGGAGUUCUUUGACGAGGAUGGGAAUUGGAUUGCUGGUGGUGAGCCGCCUUCUUUCCCGCUUGGGCCUGGAGCUGGGACUGUGAGGGCUAGAGAUGAGGAGAAUGGCGUUGAUGAAAAUGGGGAAGGUGAGGAUGAUGAGGCGAAGUGGAGGAGGACCGAGUAA